AUGAAUCGAAAAUUUAGCAACUGUGUGGCUCUGGCUCUGGCUUUGGUGCUCUGUCAACUCUUUUGCUCUACAACUGGAGAAUCCUAUCAAGUAGGCAUGCAUAAUGUGAGUGAACUAGUUGACUCGAACGGACUCGUUCUGCUGCUCUUCUACUCGAAUAGAUGCCACUACAGCAUGCAGCUAUUGCCCAUCUUUGAUGCAGCCGCAGAUCAACUGCACAGUCGACUUGGAGGCUCGGGCCAGUUGGCGUUGGGCAAGGUCAAUUGCGACGAGGAGCCCGAAAUGGAGAAUUAUUAUGAUAUUGGCAAGUAUCCCACCAUAAAGAUCGUGCGGUUCCAGCACGUUAGCAAAAAUGAGUAUCGAGGGCAACGCUCCCUGGAGGCCAUCAUGGUGUUUGCGAUUGAGGAGAUACAGGAUCCCAUCCAGCAGUUCGUCUCUCUGAAAGACCUCUAUGAUCUAAGUAGCCAUAAGUAUUUGGUCAUUGGGCACUACCAGGACAAAUCCAGUGUCGAGUACGACGCCUAUCGCAAGGCUGCGAGCAAUCUGAAGGAUCAUUGUCAUUUCCAUGUUAAUUUCAAUGCAAGCCAUGCGCAAAAUUCCCUGACAUUUCGGCAGAAUAUGAAUCAUACGGAGUCGCUUAGCGUGUUUACCGGCAACAUGUCCAGCCAAGAGGAUCUGUUGAACUGGUUCCACGAGACGUGUAUUCCCAUUGUGCGCACACUGACAUUCUACAACGCCGAGGAAAUCACGGAGGAGGGCAAACCCUUGGUUAUACUCUUCCAUCACCCUCAAGAUACAACAUCAAGAAAGGAUUUCGAGAAAGUGAUCAACGCCGAACUGAUAGAUGAAUUGGAAUAUGUAAACUUUUUGACUGCCGAUGGAAAUCUAUUUGCCAGUCCCCUCUCCCAUAUGAAAAAAACAGAGGCCGAUCUCCCUUUCAUAGCCAUAGACACAUUCAUGCACAUGUAUCCCUUUCGCAACUACGACGAUCUGCAUAAGCCGGGCAUGCUGAAGCAGUUCGUAGGCAGCCUCUCCUCGGGUGAUCUGCACUGGAACUACCAUUUCGGAGACUUCGUCGAGUCGGCAUCGCAACCUGAAGAACAAGAAUAUGGAGAUGACGAUAUUCUUUUCACACUGCCGCCCAUCUCUAAGUUCAAGGAUCUGAGACCCUCCAAACACCGCUAUACAUUCGCCAGAGAUGAGUUAUAA